AUGACGCCACUCAUCACUGCAAUUCUUUUUCUUCCAAUUACCCUGCUCGAUGCUUCUCCCAUUCUAACUAUCCGUGACAUGGCAUCUCUCAAUCACAAAGCAUCCGUCGCAUCUGACCAACUUUCCACGAGAUGGUCGCGACAAGACAUCUUCACCCUAGUCAGCGUCUGCGUAGCAGUUGUCGGUAUCUUCAUUGGUGCGCUUGUCGCCUCGCCUACAGUACGCCAGUGGUUAUACAGGCCGUUUCGUCAAUACGACGUAGAAGAAUACGACGGCAAGACGAAGCAAGACGACGGCUUCAAGAACGAUACGAAGACUAUGUUAGAUUUAAUGAGUUCCUAG